AUGGGCAGUAUCGCUGUCGAUGGGAGGGACAGCCUGCCUCAGCCUGACCGAUAUCGCAUUGGUGUUGAUGUAGGAGGAACCAACACGGAUGCUGUUCUUAUAUCGCUCUCACCAACCGAGAUUGUCGCCUCACACAAAGCACCCACGACGCCCGAUGUCACGACCGGUAUCACAAACGCCGUGCGGACGGUGAUCCGGACGAGCAAUGUUCCCCUUGACGCCAUCAGCUGCGUGAUCAUCGGCACGACGCACUUCGUCAAUGCUGUAGUCCAGCGUUCAUCAUUGCUGCAACGUGUUGGUGUGGUUCGACUGUGUGGAGGAAGCAAGGAUGGAUUCGGCCUCGGUGUGCCGCCGUUCAUCGACUUCCCCAGAGAUCUACGGCGACUCAUCUCAACCAAGCCCUAUUUCUGCCAGGGCGGCUACCAGAUCUCAGGGUCUGAAAUCUCACCGAUCGACGAGAGUGAAUUGGCCGAGAUAGCGGAGAAACUGGUCGACGAUGGCAUCUUCAACGUCGUCGUCUCGGCAGUCUAUUCGCCUCUAAAUUCGGAACAUGAGUUCAGAGCAGGCGAUAUCUUGAUCCGGAAAAUGCAACAAGUGGCCAAGGCGCGCGGCCUCCCCCCAUCCGUUCGACCCAGAGUCACUCUUUCGCACCAGAUUUCGUCGCUCGGGUUUCUGGCAAGGGAAAAUGCCGCCAUCCUCAACGCCACGCUGAGACCGCUAGCUGAAAAGACUAUCCUUGGAUUUCAGAAGGCCAUGCAUGAUAUCUUCCAUGGUGUGCCGUGUGCAUUGUAUCUGACACAAAACGAUGGAAGCGUGCUGAGUGCUCCGGAUGCCAUCGACUUGCCGAUCCGAACAUUCAAUUCCGGGCCGACCAAUUCGAUCCGAGGUGGGGAUUUCCUCUGGAACGCUGCCAGCACUGGGGCGGGCGAGACACACGCGGAGCGCCAGGAUGCACUCGUGGUCAUCGAUAUUGGUGGGACUACAUCAGAUAGUGGCCUGUUGCUUCCCAAUGGACUACCGCGGAUGAGCUCCGUGAUGAGUCUGGUUGGGGGCGUGCGCACCAACUUCGCCCUGCCUGCAGUCGAAAGCGUCGGCCUGGGUGGUGGAAGUAUUGUGAGGGUCUCCGGCGACGAUGUGACGGUUGGGCCGGACAGUGUCGCUCUCGAGCUACUGCAGAAGGCCCGUCUCUUUGGCGGUGACGUCCUGACUUCAACUGAUAUCGUGGCUGCAUCAGAGUUGCGCUCACCCACGGGACACAACCCAUUGGAAGGGAUGGGCGAUCCCAAUAACCUGAACGACGUCACGCCCGAGCUCAUCAAGAAUGCGAAGGCGAAGAUGCGCAAGAUCAUAGAAGAGCUGGUCGAUCGGACCAAAGUGCAAAAGGGAGACGUGGACGUCUUGAUCGUCGGCGGAGGCGCCAUUGUCAUCGAUGUCGAUGAGCCUCUUGCAGGCGUGCGCGCCGUGCGCAAAGUCAAAGGCGGAGAAGUGGCCAAUGCCGUCGGCGCCGCGAUUUCACGAGUCUCAGGAGUCGUGGAUACCGUGGUAGACACGUCACAUCAGACCCUCAAAGAGGCUCAGGAAGUGGUGGCCAAGCAGGCAAUUGAUGCCGCCGUCGCCAACGGUGCCCAGCGAGACACCGUGCAGAUCGCCGAAGUCACCAUCCUGCCCAUCCAGUACGUCGAUGCCAAGGCACGAAUCAACAUCAGGGCCGUGGGAGCUCUGGACGCCGUCAAACAGGCCAAGCAAGGAGCAACGACGUUCAGGAAGGAGAUCGUCUUGCCGGAACUGCCCGAACAGCAACCAAAUCCGCAGAAGCAAUGCCUCAACGGCGACGUGGUGGACGCGCCAGAGGAGAUUAUCGACAUCCAAACAUACAAACCCAAGGUCGAAAACAAGCGAUGGGUAAUAUCAAUCACGGACCUCGAAUGGAUCGCGGAGGGCUGCAAGGUGCUCGGCUGCGGAGGAGGAGGCGACCCCUACCAGCAAUAUCUCAAGAUCCGAGCACUGCUGGAGCGGUCACCUGGCAGCAUCAAGGUGGUGUCACCGAGCGAUCUUCCCGAGACCGCUACGGUCGGAUGGACUGGCUGCAUGGGAAGCCCCGAAGUGAGCAUGGAGCGAAUGGAAGCCGACGAGUGCAACAAGGCACACGAUGAGUUGACGCGGGUCAUGGGCCUUCCUCCAGUCGAUGCAUUUAUGGCGUUGGAGAUCGGCGGUGGAAACGGCGUGGUCAAUCUCGAAGUCGCAGCCGCCCACGGUGUGCCAUGCGUCGAUGCAGACUACAUGGGCCGCGCGUAUCCCACAUACUGGCAGACCACGAUCAAUGUCUACGGCACUGCCAACGGCGCCGCGUUAGUGCCGGCGACGCUCGCCAGUGGAGAUGGAUCGUUCAUGACCAUGACCGGCAGCAGGACAGAUAAGCUGGUAGACCGGGCCCUGCGCGCUGCUGUCGUGGAAAUGGGAUGUCGUUCUGGAAAAGCCGCACCGCCGAAGCCGGCCAAAGUCGUCCAAGAACAGGCCGUGAUCAACACUGUAUCUCUGGCCUGGUGGAUAGGCCGAUCCAUCGCGCUGGAGAAGAAUGUCACGGACAAGGCCAAGCGGAUCGUCGACGCAGUUGGCGGAUCUGCGAGCGCAAAGAUCCUGGCCGAGGGCAAGAUCACCAGUGUCGAGCGUGUUUUGAAGACCGGCCAUACUUACGGUGUGGUGGAAGUCGACGGGGUCCUCAGCGACGGCUCCAAAGCGACGGUCAGCAUCCCGUUCAAGAACGAGAAUGCCUUCGUCGAGGCCACGGCUGCUGAUGGCAGGAAGUCCAUCUUGGCUGCCGUCCCGGAUCUUAUUGCUGUCUUGGACUCUGAGACUGGCUCUGGUCUGGGCACCCCGGAGUAUAAGUAUGGCUUGAAGGUGACCAUCAUAGCCAUCGCGGCGUCACCUAGAUGGACAGAUACUCCACGCGGGCUGGAACUGGGUGGACCAGGAUCCAUGGGCUUCGACGAGAUUGAGUAUGUGCCUAUCGGCGAGUAUACCAAGCCGCGGAGCGUCAUUGAGACGUAUGCAUAG